UGUAACGAUCCGUAUCGCUUUACCGAUGACGUCACACGGGGAAAUAAACAUGGCGUCUGGACAGCAGUGGGUGUUGGUUGAAAUGGUGCAAGCCUUGUACGAGGCUCCAUCUUAUCACCUCAUUUUGGAAGGAAUCCUCAUUUUAUGGAUCGUCAGACUUCUCUUCUCGAAAACCUACAGACUACAUGAGACUAAUAAACUCACUGAGAAGGAAAAGGAGGAUCUAAUUGAGGAAUGGCAGCCAGAACCUCUCGCUCCAAUUCUUUCCACAGAGACUUCCUCCAUGACCUAUGAUGUUGUCACAGGACCUCCCAGCCACAAAAUGCUAAUAAAUGGAAAAGAGUGCAUUAACUUUGCAUCAUUUAACUUCCUGGGUGUCCUGGAUAAUGAGAGAGUAAAGCAAAAGGCACUGUCAUCACUGAAGAAAUACGGCGUUGGAACAUGCGGUCCAAGGGGUUUCUAUGGAACUUUUGAUGUUCACUUGGAGUUGGAGAGCAGACUAGCCGAGUUCAUGAAAACUGAAGAGGCGAUCAUCUACUCGUACGGCUUUGCUACUAUUGCUAGUGCAAUCCCUGCUUACUCUAAGAGGGGGGACAUCAUCUUUGUGGAUGAAGCAGCCUGCUUUUCCAUCCAGAAAGGCCUUCAAGCAUCUCGAAGCUUCAUCAAGUACUUCAAGCACAAUGACAUGGAUGACUUGGAGAAGCUUCUAAAGGAACAAGAGUUGGAAGAUCAGAAGAACCCUCGUAAGGCUCGAGUGACUCGCAAGUUCAUUGUGGUGGAAGGACUGUACAUCAACACAGCUGACAUAUGUCCUCUUCCUGAAUUGGUGAAGCUAAAGUACAAGUACAAGGUGCGGAUUUUCCUGGAGGAGAGCAUGUCUUUUGGUGUUUUAGGAGAGCACGGCCGAGGUGUCACAGAGCACUUUGGAGUAAAUAUCGAAGACAUUGACCUGAUCAGUGCUAACAUGGAGAAUGCUGUGGCUUCCAUUGGAGGCUUCUGCUGCGGACGUUCUUUCGUCAUUGACCACCAGCGACUGUCGGGCCAAGGCUACUGUUUCUCUGCGUCGCUGCCUCCCAUGCUAGCUGCCGCCGCCAUCGAGGCGCUCAACAUCAUGCAAGAGAAUCCAGACAUUUUCACUGUUCUCAGGGAAAAAUGCAAAUGUGUUUACCAAGCAUUAAAUGGAAUUCCAGGGCUGAAGUUAGUCGGGGUGCAGUUUGCUCCAGCGCUUCACUUGCAGCUGGAGAGAAGUUCAGGUUCUCUAGAGUCAGACAUGCGACUGCUGCGCUCCAUUGUAGAUCAUUGUAUGGAGAGACAAGUGGCUCUAACACUUGCCCGAUACCUUGAAAAAGAAGAGCGAUAUCUUCCUCCACCCAGCAUCAGGGUGGUGGUGACGGUUGAGCACACAGAGGAGGACAUCCAGAAGGCUGUGUCCUGCAUCCAUGAGGCAGCAGUAGCUCUUUUGACAUGAGAGCUGCUUGCAUCACUCGUCGAUUCCUUGGAGCGAGUAGAACGUGUGACAGACUGUGAGCACUGCCCUUCUUGGAUAUUACUCCACAAGCUACUUAAUUUUUCCCUACAGGCUGAACAACUAUGAUCUUCAUGAAUAGAGGAAACAAAAUAGAAGGUGGUGUUGCCUUAUACAUAUACAAAUCAAUGCAAUAUAAAGUACAAAACACGUCAAUAGCUACAGAUCAACAGUAGAAAUUCAUAAUGAAAAGGAAAACAUAAUUGUAAGUUGUGCAUGUUGGCCAACUGACUCAAGUGUGGAUAUUUUUUAAGAAUGGAUGGAGAAAUAGUGAAUAACAAACAUUUUAUAUUUAUAUGUGGAUAUUGAAAUAGUGACCUGUUAAAUGCAACUAAACGCACAACAAUGGAUGCCUACAUUUAUACAAAGUACAGUAGUGAAGGGUAAAUGACGCCUUGGGCUGUAUUGACAUGUCACUGAUACUCUGUUGCUGUUUUGUAAUGGCACCCACUGUUGAAUUAUUGCAAAUAAAAGGAAUGCAAAAUAUAAUUGUUAAUAAAGAAAUAUGAAAUGUCCACUCUGGUCAAUGAUCCAAAUAUUAAACCGAAAAAGAACAUUUGCCUUAUUCAAUCACUCAAUCAAGUUUACUUAUAUAGUCCUUAAUCACAAAUGUCUCAAACGGCUGCACAAGCCACAACGACAUGGCUCAGAUCCCACAUCAGGGCAAGAAAAAACUCAACCCAAUGGGAACAACGAGAAACCUUGAAAAUGACUGCAGAUGUGCCCCCCUGGGGGGGGGGGGGGCACAUCUGUGUGAGAGUCCAGUCCAUAGUGGGGCCAGCAGGGAGCCUCUUGAAUGUAGACAUGUUGGGGAGCUCACCGACUGAUGCAUAAGGAGUGGCCCACCCCAAGCCCCGACUUCAUGUGAAAAAGUGAUGGAAAACCGAUCUUAAACGCAGCACGCAACUCAUCCAACUUCUUUCAGUACAAGCAGUCAAAGACGCAGCAGCUGUCACAUGUUUUUUUAAUUGAAGUACCAAUAUUUUAGAUUCUGAUUUACAUUUCGACAGUCACAUCAAAUCAGUAACAAAACCGGCCUACUAUCACCUCAAAAAUGUAACAAGACUUAGAGGGCUCAUGUCAGCUCCAGACUUAGAAAAACUUGUACAUGCCUUUAUUACCAGUCGGCUAGACUAUUGAAAUGGUCUCCUUGCAGGUCUUCCCAAAAAAACUGUCAGGCAGCUACAGCUUGUUCAGAACGCUACUGCUAGAGUUCUAACAAAGACCAAAAGAUGUGAGCACAUUACACCAAUUCUUAAAUCCUUGCAUUGGCUCCCUGUACAUCAGAGAAUUGAUUUCAAAAUCCUCCUGCUCACAUAUAAAUCACUACAUGGUCUAGGGCCCAAGUAUAUCACUGAUAUGCUCCCACUAUAUAAGCCCUCUAGAUCACUAAGAUCUUCUGAGACCAAUCUGGGAACCGCUAACAAGCGGUUCCCAGAGUAAACUCAAAUCAAGGGAGCGCAUCAUUCAGUCACUAUGCAACAAAUAGCUGGAAUAAACUUCCUGAAGAUGUCAGACUCUCCCCAACUCUGACUACUUUUAAAACUAGACUGAAGACUUUUAUGUUCACCUUAGCUUUCAGCUAAAUCUUUUAAUCUUUUAACGUCCGCACUGUUUUUAUUUUUAUUGUCUGCAUUUUAAUUUUGCUUUUAUUUUCUUUAAUUUCACUUUGUUGUCUGUGAAGCACUUUGAGUCUGCCUUGUGUAUGAAAAGCGCUAUACAAAUAAAGUUGCCUUGCCUUGC